GGGGCGGUGGAUGGUCUGUCUUUCUGAGAGCGAGGCGCCUGACGCCGGUAGAGGUUGUGGGAGGAAAGAGCGACGAACCGGGUGGAAGCCCUAAAAACGAACUGACGUUAUACUCUUUAGAUUGCUCUGUUUCCUACACGGCUGUCUGGAGUAAUUAAAGGUUUCCUCCCCUCCGCGUCUCGUGAUCUGUGUGUGUGUGUGUGUGUAGCACACAGCAGCGAUCCGUCAUGGGGGACAUGAGUGAUCUGGACAGACAGAUCGAUCAGCUCAGGAGGUGUGAGCUCAUCAAGGAGAACGAGGUCAAAGCCCUGUGUGCCAAAGCCAGAGAGAUUCUUGUAGAGGAGAGUAACGUACAGAGGGUGGACUCUCCGGUCACAGUGUGUGGUGACAUCCAUGGGCAGUUUUAUGACUUGAAGGAGUUGUUUAGGGUGGGAGGCGAUGUUCCAGAAACAAACUACCUCUUCAUGGGAGAUUUUGUUGACCGAGGCUUUUACAGCGUCGAGACCUUUCUGUUACUUCUUGCCCUGAAGGUGCGUUAUCCAGACAGAAUCACGCUGAUCCGGGGAAAUCACGAGUCCAGGCAGAUCACGCAGGUGUAUGGCUUCUACGACGAGUGUUUGAGGAAGUACGGCUCGGUCACGGUGUGGCGGUACUGCACAGAGAUCUUCGAUUAUCUGUCCCUCUCUGCCAUCAUCGACGGCAAAAUCUUCUGUGUUCACGGCGGCCUGUCGCCCUCCAUCCAGACUCUGGACCAGAUCCGCACCAUCGACAGGAAGCAGGAAGUGCCUCACGACGGGCCCAUGUGCGACCUCCUGUGGUCGGAUCCUGAAGACACUACUGGAUGGGGCGUGAGCCCGCGGGGAGCCGGAUAUCUGUUCGGAAGUGACGUCGUGGCCCAGUUCAACGCCGCUAAUGACAUCGACAUGAUCUGCAGAGCGCAUCAGCUCGUUAUGGAGGGGUACAAGUGGCACUUCAACGAGACGGUUCUCACGGUGUGGUCCGCUCCCAACUACUGCUACAGGUGUGGUAAUGUGGCGGCGAUCUUGGAGCUAGACGAGCACCUGCAGAAAGAGUUCAUCAUAUUCGAAGCUGCUCCACAAGAAACGAGAGGCAUUCCCUCCAAAAAGCCAGUCGCUGACUACUUCCUGUGAGCGAGUCCGGAUCCAGCGCUCUCAGCAGGAAGUGCUGCCCUGUGUGUUCUUGUAUUUCUGUUUGUUUCCCUCUUAAUUGUGCUUUUUUUUACUUUCUCUGUAAUAUUCCUUUUUUUAUUUCUAUUUUCCAUCGACUUUCACAUUCUCUCUGCUGUCAAGACACACAGUGGCAUGAUAUCGUCCUCCACGGCUGUGCCAUGUCUGGCUCUCAGACUCACGGUACGCUGUAGAUGUAGACGUUUAUAAUGUACGUGAACAGCAGCAGGGCUUUCACGGUGUAUUUCUGCAGUUCCUCAGAAAGAUGCAUUUUAAGCGGCAGGUUGUUGGACAUUUUAUUUUAUUUUUCUUGCUUUGCAUUCUCUUCUCAUGUAAAUGGUAAAUGCGUGAGAGAAUGGAUAUGCUUCGAUUAUAGUUUACGGUCAUCUGUUUUCUCCGGAGUCAUGGUUGGAGAGUUGUGUGCAGGAACACGGACACGAGGACUCGACUGUUCUCUCUACAGGACUUAUUGUUGAUUUUUAUUUUUAAUUUGUGAAAAUAAAAUGUACUUUUGUAUGAAUUUAA